GAAAGAAAGACCUUAUCUCUUCUUAUAUAUAUGGCGGACUCGACUCGGCCGUUUCUUUCCAACUCGUCGGAGUCAAAGCUUCCACCACCAAGAUCCCUUGAUGAGACGAUAGAGCAAUGCAUCGGAAACUUCGGAUGGGCACAGUUCCUCCAAGCCACUUUAAUCUCAUUCGCUUGGUUCUUCGACGCUCAGCAAACGUUCAUCACUGUCUUUACCGACUCACAACCCACGUGGCACUGUACCGACUCGGUAUGCAACACUUCCUCUAACCUCUGCACCUUACCCAACCAAACCUGGUCGUGGGACUUCGACUUACACGUGUCAAUCAUAUCCGAGUGGGGCCUACAAUGUGCAGGCUCGUUCUUCAGGGGAUUGCCUGCAAGCUCCUUCUUCCUCGGCUGUCUGAUAGGCGGCUUAGCUCUUUCUACACUCGCCGACUCAUCGCUCGGUCGUAAGAACAUGCUCUUGUUGUCGUGUCUCAUAAUGUCUCUCUCUUCGAUGUUAACAGCUUUCUCAACGAGCAUUUGGGUUUAUGCGUUCUUGAGAUUCGUGAACGGGUUUGGCCGAGCCACGAUCGGGACUUGUGCCCUCGUUCUAUCGACGGAGUUAGUCGGUAAAAAAUGGCGAGGCCAAGUCGGUGCGAUGGGUUUCUUUUGCUUCACGUUAGGGUUUUUAACGCUUCCAAUGUUUGGUUACAUCAAUAAGGGGAAUUCUUGGAGGUAUCUAUACGUUUGGACAUCAAUACCGACUUUAAUCUAUUGCAGUUUGGUUCGAAUUUUCGUCCGAGAGUCUCCUAGAUGGCUUAUCGUAAAGGGUCGUAAAGAAGAAGCCGUCUCGAUUCUCCAAAGCAUUGCUUCUAAUGCAAUCACUGUGAGCUCCACGAACUUAUGUUUUGCUGUACAAGAGAAUCAAUCUGAGUUAAACCCUGAUAUUUACGACGCGUCAAAGAUCUUGGUGAGGAAACGUUGGUUGCUUAAGAGAUUGUUAGUGGCUAUGGCUCUUGGAUUUGGUAUCGGUAUGGUUUAUUACGGAAUGCCAUUAGCUUUAACGAAUCUAAACUUCAAUCUCUACCUGGGUGUCGUGUUCAACGCCUUGUCUGAAUUCCCAGCUUUUCUCAUAACGUUUUUCCUCAUUGAUAAAAUCAACAGAAGGGAUGCGUUGAUCGGAUUUACAGCUCUAAGUGGGAUCUCUAGCGCUCUAAUCGCGGCGUUAGGGCAACAAAUAGGGUCAUUACAGAUUGUGUUAGAGCUCGUUUCGUUUUUCAGUGCAUGCACCGCGUUUAACAUGACGCUUAUAUACACAAUCGAGAUGUUUCCGACAUGUGUGAGGAACUCGGCGAUGGCGAUGGUGAGGCAAGCGUUGGUGUUUGGCGGCGUUUUUAGUCCAGUGAUGGUUGCGGCUGGUCGGGAAAAUCAGUUUUGGUCGUAUGGGUUGUUUGGUUUGGUCAUAGGAUUGUGUGGAUUGUUUGUGGUUGGAUUACCGGAGACUAGAGGAAGUGUUCUAUGUGACACUAUGGACGAGGAGGAGUAUAAGACUUUGGCAAGGGACAAUUUAUUGGCUGACAGUGUUGUCCUUGUCUGAUUUGUUGUAAUAAAAGUGUGCAUGCUUAAACUGGCCGGUUCGGUCUUGAAUCCAA